AUGAAUGAGGAUUUGAUAAACAGCGCUGUCAGCUUCCUCAAGGAUCCCAAUGUGGCGCUGUCGCCACUCAACAAAAAAGUCGAGUUCUUGGAAACUAAGGGGCUCAACGAGCAAGAAAUCGAAGAAGCUCUCAACAGAGCCAACGGGACGUCCACUUCACAGUCAAACGCCUCCACUCCUUCUUCUUCCUCGACCCUCACGCCAUCAGCGUCACAGCCACAAGCACCUCCCCCAGUUCCAUAUGAUUAUUACGGAAUGGCUCCGCAGCCCCCCGAGAGGUCAUGGAAAGAUUACUUUAUCAUGGCCACGGCCACAGCAGGCGUAACUUACGGCUUGUACCAGGUGGUGUCACGUUACUUGAUCCCUAGCAUUAUCCCGCCAUCGCAGAGCAGAAUCGACGCAGAUAAGGAGACGAUUGACGAGGAGUUUAUGAAGAUCGAUAAAGUGCUUGAGCAGAUGAGUGAGGAGCAGAAGGAGAUUAAAGAAGCGAACGAAAGUAAGCUCAAGGAGAUUGACGUGGUGAUUGACAAUAUAAACGACUUCUUAUCGAAGUACAACAAGGACAAGUUGAAGUUUGACGACGACUUGCGGUUAAUGAAGCUAGAGGUGGACAGCUUGAAGAAUAGCGUGGAGAAGAAUAUGAAGUUGACGAAGGACAAUAUCCAGGAUGAGCUUGGAGAGAUUACAGAGGAAUUGGGUUCGUUGAAAAAUUUGAUUAAGGCCCGUAGCGAAGCCAACAGCACCUCGGAGCACAGUGGGCCCCGCAAAGUGGCGCCAGUUUCAUCGAUCCCAUCAGCGUCUGAAAUCUUGAAAAGAGCCAAGGCCAAGAGCGCAACAAAUGCUAACUCUGCAGCCACCGCCACCGCAAACACGAGCAACACAGCAUCCCAGCCAGGUAGCGGCGAGACCAGCAGUGUGACUUCGCCAGGUCAAACCAAUGCUCAGAUCAAAGAGACUAGACCGUCAACACCAGGAAACAUUUUCGCAGCGGGUAUACCCGAAUGGCAGCUCAAGCACAAGCAAGCUGAGGAAGAGGCUGAAAGAAAAAGACAGGAAGAGGCAAGAGGGAAACAAGAAGAGGCUAAACAGGCAGAGAUCGAGAGCGAGAGUAAAGACGAACUGCUGCCUUCAGCGUGGCAGCAGCUGGCGUUGAAGGAGGGUAACGACGACGAUUUGGUGAACAAGUCGAUCGAGAACGUUGGAGUGCCAGCGUGGCAGUUGAGUGCCGGGAACUAG